AUGAUAGCAUCGGAAAUGCCACCCGCCAUGCACCUAGAAUCGGAGUCUUCGGGUGGGCAUUGUAUUGCAGAGAUUAAGGAAAAUACUUCUCUCGUGGCCUCCCUCGAGAAUCUCAAUCUCAAGAGCGAUCAAUCUCCAUACUUUGUUGAUACAGAAGCGAAGGUUGCCAGUCUUGUUGGGAGACUCCAGAACUUGCCUACCAGCCCGCCGUCUUUGUAUAUUGACCUUGAAGGAGUCGAUCUCUCAAGAUACGGUAGCAUUUCGAUCUUACAAAUUCACAUCCUUCCACUUGAAGAAACGUAUCUGGUCGAUAUACAUUGUCUCCAAGAGAAAGCCUUCUCAAAAAUGGCUUCCGACAAAGGCCAUAAUUUACUGGAUAUAUUGGAAUCACCCCUUAUCCCUAAGGUCUUCUUCGAUGUUCGGAACGACUCGGAUGCACUAUUCAGUCAUUUCAAUGUCAAACUCGCCGGAGUCAUUGACCUUCAAUUAAUGGAACUGGCAACCCGCUCUUUCUCGAGAAGAUAUGUUAAUGGCCUGGCAAAAUGCAUCGAAAGGGAUGCUCGUCUUACGACUUAUGAAGCUCGAUGUUGGAAGGCAUCCAAAGAAAAGGGGCUGGAACUCUUCGCCCCUGAACGUGGGGGAAGCUACGAGGUUUUCAACGCCCGCCCUCUUCCGGACGACAUCAAGGAAUAUUGCAUGCAAGACGUUCAGUUCCUGCCCAAGUUAUGGGUGCAAUACCAUCGGAAAAUUUCCCCGUCUUGGGCUAGAAAGGUCACAGCGGAGAGCGCCAAUAGAGUUCUACUUUCACAAACAGCCACCUACGAUGGAAAAGGGAAAUGGAAAGCUCUAGCGCCUGUAGGUUGGUGGUGA